AUGAAAAAGGUCUCAAGAGAUAACGGCGGUAAAUACUAUUUGCCACAUCAAGCAGUAGUGAGAGAAAAUCAUCUUACUACAAAAGUUCGGGUAGUGUUUGAUGCUUCGGCCAAGACAACGAAUGGAAAAAGUUUAAACGAUGUCCUGGAAGUUGGUCCUAAACUACAACAAGAUAUUUUCCAAAUUUUAUUAAAAUGGCGGUUAUGGAUAUUUGUCUUGGUGGCGGAUGUGGAGAAGAUGUACAGACAAGUCUUAGGAGCGGAGGACGACCAGCCGUACCAAAACGUAUUGUGGCGCGAAAAUCUACAGAUGCCGAUUAAAGAGUUUGUUCUAACAACAGUCACCUACGGGACAGCAUGUGCUCCAUUUCUGGCGAAACGAGCUCUGAUUGAAAUCGGGAAAGAGUGCAGCAAGCGGAAUCCAAAGAUUCAAGCCAUCAUUCAGGAUGACUUUUACAUGGAUGAUUUGAUGACUGGAGCUGAUUUUGUGCUGGAAUGCGUCAAAAUUUAUCAGGACAUCAGCCAGCAAUUGGAUAAGUUUGGAUUCAAGCUGCGCAAAUGGAUGUCCAACGAGCUGAGAAUACUAGAAGCAAUACCAGAUGUGGGCGACAAUCUAGUCGUUAGGAUUGAGGAAGGCGAAAUGAUGAAGACGUUGGGUGUUCAAUGGGAUCCCCAUACGGAUAAUUUUGCUUUUUAUUUUCAGAUCAGUGAAGACAAAACCCUAACGAAGCGAAAGGCGCUAUCUACACUGGCCAAAAUAUUUGAUCCUUUGGGUUGGCUGACGCCUGUAACAAUGCUAGCCAAGCUAUUCAUCCAGAGGCUAUGGUUGAUGGAUUUGCAAUGGGACGUCGAGUUAAACGCUGAGAUGAAACAAGUAAAAGCGUGCUAA